AUGGCGGCGCGGAUGCCCGACACGUACAGGCUCUGCCUCCUCUCUGUACAGAGAUGGGAGAAAGGCCUCUGUUUAGUCAUUGUGAAUUUCCCACGCACCCUGCCUCUCGAGCUGCGCCGCCGCCGAGCCGCUUCUCCCCGACGCCCCUUGUCUGUAAUCUGCACCGCCGUCGAGCCAUCAACCCGCCGACGCCUCCGCUACAAGCCAAACCGAGCGGCAGAGGCCAAGCAGCAUGCACCGCCCCCGCCUCCUCCGAGGACGCUGGGGAUUCCCGGCAGACGCCUCUUCGCGCCCCUCCCGCCCGCGCCUCCUCUGCAGUCCAGAAGAGAGGUGCAUGUUUGGUAUCUUUGCUCGGGUGAGCUGAAUGAUCAGUACCUACUAGAGAUGUAUAAACAACUCCUUUCUCCUGCUGAAAGAGAGUAUGUUGACUCAACGUUGCGGAAACAUGCUAUGUUGUCAUGUGCAUUGAAGCGCACCACCCUCUCAAGAUAUUGUAAAAUUGAUUCGAGGUCGUUUGAGUUUAAGUACAACAAUUUUCGCAAACCUGAGAUAUUGUGGCCAUCUGAUGAUAUUGUGGAUCUGCCCUUGCAUUUCAACAUUUCACACACUACUUCUUUGAUUGCCUGUGGCAUUGCCAUGGAUGCUAAUAUUGGCAUUGAUAUUGAAGAGAAGAAGCGGAAGACAACCAAGAGUAUUUUUUCUCUUGCUCGUCGUUUUUUCACCCCUUCAGAAGCUGAUUAUCUCACUGAUAUUUCUGAUUCGUAUGCUCAGGAAAAGGAAUUCUUCAAACUAUGGACUCUUAAAGAAGCAUAUGUAAAGGCUCUCGGAUUGGGUUUGUCAGGUGCUCCACUCAAUGAGUUUACAAUCAACUUGAAAACAAGCAAGGGAAUUCGGGUUUCUAAGGCAUCGAAAGUAUGUAAUGAUUCCAACUCUGGGCGACGCGGGGCUGUGAAUUGGCUACUUGCACUCGCGGAGCUAAAUAGUUCUCAUUGCAUGGCAGUUUGUAUGGAGAAUGACUCAAGAUGUCCUGAAAGUAGUCCAGCGGCAGUAGGAUUAAAAGUAUGGAAGACCAUACCAUUUGUAGAAGACACACUUGUCUCUGGAACAGAAGCUGUUAAACUUAUUGCUUGA